ACCUGAGGGGACUUUAUCCAUCUUCUUGCGGCAUCGCUGGCGCUCAGGGACGACCAAAGAGCAGAUUGAGCAAAUGGUAGCAAUCGCUUAUGGAACGCUUCGGUGAUGCCGAAUCCCAGGAUUGCGAAAAUCCCGCUGUUGCUCGUGCCCGUGCUCGUCACGUAGAACCAGCAGGGAGGCAGCAGAGAAGAAGAUGCUCUUCUUCGCUCUCAGGGAACUCCGACAGACGGACUUGACGGAAUCGAAUGGUUGGUCACACAGGCGCCACACUGUUCUCGCCAAAUGGCAGCUUGGCUCCGAUUUCCUCAUUGCAGUUGCUUAUUUCUCGAUCCCUCUUGAGCUGGUCUACUUUCUCAUCAAAUCCCAGGUGCUCCCCUUCCGCUGGGUGAUUGCUCUUUUUGGUCUUUUCAUUGUCCUGUGCGGUAUCACACACUUGCUAACGCUAUGGAACUUCUACGUGAACUCGGAAGCGGCGCAUAUUGGCAUGACGAUUGCCAAAGUGGUCACAGCAACUGUCUCGUGCCUAACUGCCGUACUCUUGAUCUGGGUCAUCCCGGAGUUACUUGAUGUAAAGAAGAGAGAGGAGUUUUAUACGCAAAAGACUGCAGAACUGGAUGUUGAGGUGGGAAAUAUCAAGAAAGAUCAGCAAGUCCUCAAGCAUGUCCGAAUGCUCACUGAUGAGAUCCGAAGCUCGCUGGAUCGCCACAAGAUUCUAAGCACGACGAUGAUAGAGCUGUCGCACACCCUCGAGCUGGAAAGCUGCAACAUUUGGAUGCCUAGGGCGAGUGCCAACGUUCUGGAGCUUGCGCACAAGCUUGGAGCGCAGGACGCUUUUGCUCCGCCUGAAAUUCCCCUCUCGACCAGCCUCGUUGACCUGGUCUUUAGCAACAAUGGUGCGGUUGUGGUGCCAUCCAAGGCACUGGGCCCGCUAGCGGGAGCUGGGCAGACGAGUUUGAACCAUGGUAGUGUGGUGGCUAUCAGAAUCCCAUUGUUGGCCAGCAGCGGCUGCGUUAGUCAUCCCGACAAGGAAUGCUACGCUCUCAUGGUCCUGUCCUUUCCAAAAAACCUUCAAAAGGCAUGGGGUGACCACGAGCUUGAGCUCGUCGAGGCUGUUGCUGAUCAGGUUGCAGUUGCCCUGUCCCAUGCUGCUGUAGUCGAGGAAACGUUGAAAGUGCAAGAUCAGCUCAUCGAGCAGAACCUGGCCCUGCAGAAGGCCAAAAAGGAAGCCGAGUCUGCAGUUGUGGCCCGCAACGAGUUUCUGGUUGUAAUGAACCACGAGAUGCGGACUCCCAUGCAUGCCAUCAUCGCGCUCUCCUCCUUGCUCCUCGACUCGGGCCUCACGCCCGACCAGCAGUCCAUGGUGGAGACCAUAUCCAAGAGUGGCAGCCUGCUAUCCACGUUGAUCAACGAUGUGCUCGACUUCUCCAGGCUCGAAGCUGGGAGUCUGACGCUAGAUAUCCAACCAUUCAAGGUGGCCAAGCUGUUGGACGAUGCAGAGAGGCUCGUCUCGCCGUUGGCGGUGGCUAAACAUCUUCCAUUCGCUCUCAAGAGGAUGGGAUUUCUUCCGGACACUGUCAUGGGAGACAGCACUCGAAUUCUGCAGGUUCUUCUCAAUGUGGUUGGGAAUGCCAUUAAAUUCACCGCUCAGGGCCACGUCCACUUGACAGUGUUUGCGAGCAAGGCUCCGGACGCCCAGGUAUCACACGAGCCAGCAUCACCAGGAAGGUCCAUGACGCAAAGGUACAUUCAUUUUGAGGUUGAGGACACCGGAAUCGGCAUCAGAGCUACUGAUCUCCCCCGUUUGUUCAACAAGUUCGUUCAGGCGGAUAGUAGCACGUCCCGCAAGUAUGGUGGAUCCGGGCUGGGGCUGGCGAUCUCCAAAAAGUUUGUCGAGGUUUGUGUGUCAGCCAGCUUUUGUUCUCAAAGUGGUUAACUGGCUCACAGUUUUGGGUUAUA